CGACACCGGGCGACUUUCCGGCUUUCGCUCUGCCUGUCUCUUCCACAUGGCUUCCAGCUAACCUGGAGCUGCGGUGUCUGGGGAGUGUGAUCGCCGACAUAUCGGACAGAAACAACAGGCGGACGUCUCGUCACAUGACCGUUUAGAGACAGGCCAAAGAUGGGUAAAAGCAAAACCACGAAGUUUAAGCGGCCGCAGUUCAACUCCGUGGGCCUGCCGGUGAGUGCUGUGAAGGAAGCGGACGAGCCUGAGGGAGAGCUCGACGAGGAAAGCUGUCCGGCCGCGGAGCUGCUGGAAAAAUUGCAGAGUCCCAGUGCAGACGUUCGAGAGUUUGCAUGCGCCAGCAUUUCUCGGGUGGUGCAGCAGAGACAGACAAUCCCCGGGUUCCUCCAGAGGGACGCUGUCAGGCGGCUGGGCCCCAUGCUGCUGGACGGCUGCUUGGCCGUCAGAGAGACCGCCGCUGGGGCGCUCAGAAAUCUGAGUGCAUGCGGAGGUCAGGAGGUGUGCGAGGACAUGGUGAAGCACGACGUCAUGACGCCCCUGACAGCACUGCUCCGAGAGUGUUGUGCCGGUUUCGACACUACUGCGGUGGCAAUGAAGAACCAGAGGAAUCCCGUGGAGGACGUGGCCAAUGAGGCCGUGAACCUGCUGUGGAAUCUAUGCGAGAGCAGCAGCCAGGCAGUGUUUUUGUUCAACAAGUCCGGCGUCUUGGAUGCGGUUGUCCAGUGCUUGGAGAGACACCCUCAUAACGUGGACCUGGCCGUGUCAGCUGCUCACUGUUUGCACACUGUGACCGAGGACAACCCCGAGCUGCUACGUAGCAUGAACACCGCUGUGCUCGGAGCCCUGGAAAAAGUGCUGCUGUCAUCCCAGCCAGACAUGGCGCACACCCUCCUCAGGACUUUAGCCGCAGGUACGCUGUGGAACAUCAAGACCAGCCUCCCCGUUGCUCGACAAGCCCAGACCCUCAGCGUCGUCGUGGCCACCCUGUCACAGUGCCUGGAUCUGGACCCAGGGGUGUUGAUCCCUGAACUCAGACGAGCAGAAGAGGCUCGCCACAGAAGCACGCCUCCUCUGAAGGAGGCAGACCGACAGGCAGCGCUGGAGCCCGCCGAGGAGGAGAUGGACGACGAGGAGGAAGCACCCAGCAAGAAGAAGAACGGCAAAACUUUGAAGGUCGACGGCGACUUCUCCGACCUGCUGCCUAGGGGCAUGGAGGAGCUGAGGGAGGCAACGGCCUUGCUGACAGCCCAGCAAACGUCCCUGGAGAUCAUUGUCAACAUGUGCUGCUCUGACGACCCUUCCGAUGACGAGUGGGAGGAGGAAUCGAGCAGCGACGAAAGCGACGUGGGCCCUGACGGCCUCUGUGACGGCGCGUCCAUUCUGAUGUCUCCGCUGUGCUUGUCAGCUGAGGUUCAGGGCGCCUUGAUCAACCACAGCUUACCAGAAAAGGUCCUGAAAAAGACAGCCUUCCCCAGACAGGAAGCCACUAACGUGUGCCAUGAAAAUCCAUCCUGGAGAGGUCUGAUGAAGAGGAUGCAGCGAGUUCAGUCCCGGGCGCUGACCUGCCUCCACAGCAUCCUCUCCACCAUGGACGCCGAGUCGCUGGGCGGCGAGGCAGCCCUGCAGGGAGCAGCGCAGCACCUGUCCUCGCUGGUCUUUGGCGCUGAAGAAAUCCCCAAAGAUGAGGAGUUCCUUGAGGCGGUCAUCAGCGCCAUGCGUUCUCUCCUGCAGAUAAUUGCCUCCAAGAACAUAAGCCAGUGCAUGACGCCCCAGCAGCUGAUGAGCCUGAGCGAGGCAGCCACCUGCUGUGAGGUUGUCAGCGUGAGGGUUAACGCCGUCGCCAUUCUGGGCAUCACUGGAAGCACAUUGGCCAAAGAAAAGGGCACGGCAAAAACCCUUCAGAUGAUCGGGAACGCCUUGCUUCAAGUGGCCACCAGGGACUCGGACCUGGUUGUGAACGGAGAAGCCCUCGACGCUUUGUUGGACGUUUUUGCCGACGGAGAGGAGGCAGAAAUGGCUGCUAAAGACAUCAAUCUACUGCCUGCACUGAAGACACUUCAGCCGGUCUUCAAGGCCAAGAUCCGUAAAGAAGGACGAGGUAAAUACAGCCCUCAGCAGCUGUGCGUGUUGGACAACAUCAAAGUCAACCUGAGAAGAUUUAUCGGUUAUCUGGAAAAGGUGGUGAAGAAAUGAGGACUUUGUGCUUUUUCGUGCUGCGAUCAGUCGUCGAGACAGUAUAAGAUGGAGUGGUUGUGAAACUAGCAAUUAUUUAUGUAUUUGUUUUGUAAUAAUUAUUGUUCACUUUUGUUUUUAGCUAUGUGAAAGUUUAUUUUUGGUGGAAAAGGCGAGGUGGUGGAAUUUCGCCUGUGAAAAAUCACCAACACAGUUUAACUAACUUUGUUCAGGUAAACUGGCCUAACUUGGUUCAGAUUUUGAUGACAUGCCAGCAACGUCUUUUAAGAAGAUAAUGUUUAUUAAGAAGACACUGCAGAUUGCUGUUUUACUGGCGUUUUCCAGUCGAAUAAUCCAUUAUUUUAAAAAAAGAAACUUUUCUUAAAUGAAGCGCAUUACCGGGCUAUUUUGUGUCCAUCCAGUUUCUAGAGACUUUUGGAAAUCAGUCUUUGAAAGCCUCUUUUAUAGAUUUAUAUUUUUAUGUUCAAAAUUACUACACAAAUCUUUGAGCUCAGAGAUACUAGUGGUGAAAACCCCCCCUUUUAAAUUAAGAAGAACAAUUAAAACUUCAUACUGCAGAGCCUCACAAAUGUAGUCGCACCCUUUCCCGGUCCCAGCAGAACCAAAGGAGUCCCACAGCAUGAUACUGCCACCACCAUAUGUUACUGUUGGGUUGGUGCGUUCAGGCUGAUGCACAUUUAGUUUUCCAUCACAGAGUGUUUUGCAUGGAGGAUAAGAUGAUGUUUAGCUUCAACUUUAAAUGUUUGCUGCUUCUUCUUACAUGGCAUGUGGCAAACUGCAGAAAGGACUUUUUUUGUAUAGCUUUCUUUUAAACAAUUAAUUUCUUCUUGCUACCUUUCCAGAGAGCAUGACUUCAGAGGUUUUAUCUGAAAAGAAAAGAAAACCACCUCCUUACAGUUAUGUCCUACUUUGUUUAAUUACCACCUAAAAUCCCAAUGAAAUGCUAAGUUUGUGGUUGUUACAUGAAAAAAAUGGUGAUUGAGUUCAAGAGAUGUGAACACUUGGCUAAGUUUAAAAAUGUAUAAAGAAAUCUUGAAAUUAAAAAUUGAAAUUUUUUUUUUUUAAAGGAAUUUACUUUCAUAGCAUUUAAUUUGUUGCAAAAUUUCUCACACUAUUUUAAGCUUGGUUCUGAAUAAUUAUUGAUACUUUCCUAAAUGAAAGAAAUUACUUAUAUUGGCCGGAAGAGGAUUUAGUUUAGCAGUGACUGGAAAGACUACUAAAAACGUCUUUUAUCAGAAAUGUGCAAAAUCUAAAUUCAUGUGCUAAUAAAAUGAAAAUAAAUUCCACCGAUUCUACUUUUCUGGAGCAAGUCCUAGAAACAAAAGUCUUAAAAUCUCAAAAGAUAUCACCCAAACAAACACUGUAAUCAUGCUAAGAGGCGCAGGGGGACUCCAGUCUACCUUUAACCCUGAGCGGACUGGUCGCAUACUGACCACCAUAUUUGGUCUGUUUUACAAAUUUCACCACAAAUUAAAUCCCAAACUCAGGAUUAAAAAUGUGCUUCUGUAUUUUGUGUCAAUUGUCUCUUGAAGUUUAUUCCAGAUGCAUGAAAUUCUGAACCAUGGCAUAAAUGUGGAUAUAUUUCAAAUUGUCGUUAUUCUGAGUUGGAAAUAAAAAUAUGUUUGGAGUGUGAAGAUGCUCCGAAAGGAAAA